GCAAAUGAGGUCAGUUACAGCAGCUUCAUAUUCUCACUGUAUCGCACGCUUUCAAUCUUUAACACCAUUUGCAUCCAAGAACAGAAACGAAGACAUUUCCUCAUGACUUGAGCUGUGAGACUCGGCCCAAAUCAUGACAAUGAGCUUCUUUGGAAAACUGAAGAAUCUACACAGUGGACCCCCAGCUCCCCCUAAAAGGACAGAUAACACUGCAGGCUUUGGGUGGCCACAGGAUGAGUUUGACGAUGAGGAAGGUGACAUGUAUGAAGCACCUCCCUGUGAGCGUCCGGCUGUGAAAGUCCCACCGAGACAAGUGGAGGAGAACAUUUAUCUGGGUAACACCGCUGAAGCGGAUGCACAGUCCUGCUGUUCCACAGAGACAAGCUGCUCCUCCACCCAGACCAAGCAAACCGUCGGUAACAACAGCUCAGUGUCCUGGAAAGCUUGUUUCUGUGUUUUAACUCUAUUUUUACUAACUAAUCUCACCUCUGUCAUCCAAAAUCCUCUACAAUGUGAUGAUUUCUACUAUGAUCUCAACACCAAGAAACCACCUGAGAUAGACAGAAAUGAGAAGCCUGGGAGGAAGGAGAUGAUGCCGCCUCCUGCAGUUCGUCCUGCUCCUGCUCCCAUCGCUGCAGCCAUUGAGGAAGAUGUUUAUCUGGAUCCAAAUGAGGAACAGGAAGACAGUGAUGAACUUUAUUUAGAACCAGCAGCAGCUUGCCCUCCUGCCCCACGUGGACCAAUGAGGAUGCCUCUGUCGCCAAAGAUACCACUUGUACCUGCUUCCGUACCCAUGAUGAAGCCUCCAGUUCCCAGGGCGAAGUCUAAUUCAGUCCUGCCUUCCCUGAAUGAGAUAAAAACAGUUCCCACAGCUGAAGAAAGACGAGCCACUUUUCCUACCAAACUCCCUCCACCGACUCCCAGUGUGAAGCCGCCACUGCCGGCGAUCCUGAAGGAAGCUAAACCCAGGCAAGCAGUUAACAAUACAAUGAGGAUGGCGAGCCCUCCAAAUCCUCCUAUGACAGAACCUAAGCCUGUGGCCUCCUUUGGUGGUAUGAGGCCAAUGAAACAAUCUGGGAAUGAGGACAAAGAAUGGUUUGCUGGAGAUUGCAGCAGAAAACCAGCUGAGGAACUCUUAAUGAGAAUCAACAAGGACGGUGCCUUCCUCAUCCGACACAGCUCGGCCCAGAGCACCCGUCAGCCGUUUACCCUCGCUGUUCUCUACCAGCAGAAGGUGUACAACAUCCCCAUCCGCUACCUGGAGGACACGCACUGCUACGCCCUUGGAAAGGAGGGCAAGAAGAAUGAAGAGAUUUUCACCAGCCUGGAUGAGAUGAUUUCUCACCACAAGAGUAACCAACUGCUUCUGAUUGACAGCAAGAGCCAGGCCAAGCACACGGUUCAUCUAACUCACCCUGUACGCCCUUAAAACUACACUUCCACUGGCCUCUCUUAAGUGUUCACAUGAGUCACGCGGAUGAAGUUUCCCUCUUGGAAUCACAGUAGACUGACAGUGUAUCACUCAUAAAAAGUAUAUUUACAACUCUACGAAAUUAGUCAUACAGCCGAGACACUGUUUUGUUAUAAGCGAGAACAGACAAUGCAAACUUUCAAUGUACCGAAAUAUUGUCAGAGAUGUAGAAAAGCCUUCAUGACUCACAGCAACGGUAUAAAACUCAUCAAGUUCUGCAGUCUGACAAAGCAAAUUUUUUUCAUCAUCAUUUUAACAAACGUUGCACAAGGUUAACUGAGCUCUAGUGAAUAGGAAACUGUGUCACUUUUGUACUUUACCAGUCAUUAAGUCUGCAUGUUCCUGCCACUGGAUGAAAAAAUCACUGUGUCGCUGUCAAACAGCUCUGUGCAUCGACUUUUAAAGGUACAAACAGUACAUUUCUGCUGUUAAAAUGUGUCACAGUGCCUUACGUGCACAAAAAAAAAUCAUAACCAUCAUUCUUUUCUUUUUUGCUCAUUUACAUUUAUAGUAGCAACCCUGUCAAACAAAUAUUUGCACCACUCAGAUAAACAUCUGUACAAAUCACUUAUUUUACUUUAAGUACAAAUGUGUAUCUUUCUCCUAGUUCAGUUUCACUGCUUUGAUGUUGAAUAUGCUGCCUUUCCAGUGUGAUAUUGUAGAUAUUGUGCAAUAUAGACCUAAACACA